GAAGAAAGAGUAUCUGGCGCAAAGAAAAGAAAACUAGGGCGAGAGAGUAAUAAACUAGAGAAAAGACGAGUGAAAAGGAAAGCGCGUGUACCAAACACCAACGGCUCGCAAAGGAGGAGAAUCUGCUCCCAUUACUGAGCUGUGCGCACGCCCUGACGGCGCCGCACUAGACUAGAGUAGGUGCUGCUGCGGAACCAGGAGGGGAGAGCGAGUGGAGGAGAGGAGGGUGCGGGAGAGAGAUGGGGUCCGGAUCUUUCCUCAAGGUGCUGGCCAAGAACUUCGACGUCCUCGCCGGGCCACUGGUUUCGCUUGCUUAUCCUCUAUAUGCCUCUGUGAGAGCAAUUGAAACAAAAUCUCAAGUAGAUGAUCAGCAAUGGCUUACUUACUGGGUGCUGUACUCGUUUAUCACUUUGUUUGAGCUCACUUUUGCUCCGAUACUUGAAUGGCUUCCAUUCUGGCCCUAUGGAAAACUGUUCUUCAACUGCUGGCUAGUCUUUCCUUGCUUCAAUGGUGCUGCUUAUGUUUACGAGCAUUUUGCGCGGCCAAUGUUUGUGAAUCGCCAAAUAGUCAACAUCUGGUACGUCCCAAGGAAGGAUAAGUUGAGUAAACCUGAUGAUGUACUCUCAGCCGCAGAGAAAUAUAUUGAACUAAAUGGACCAGAAGCAUUUGAGAAGCUAAUCAGCAAGUCUACAAGUACAAAGCCUUCAAAGUUUAGGAGCACGAGGCGGUCGAUCUUGCAGGGGGCGGAAGCUGAAAAGAUGGGCAAGGCUGAGAGAGAUUCAUGGGGUGAAAAUCCAUUCUAUGAUAAAAACUACCGACACUAAAUCAGCCAUCUUAGAUUCUGCUUGAUGAAGAGCUUUCCACGCACGAUGCUUGAGGACUGCAUGACGCAUCUACCAAAUCGUCAUUGGUACCAGAACAACUAUGCGACGGUUGAAUUCUUGUAAAUAGGUGCCAGCGUUGACAUGUUCCCAGAUGAUGUAAUGUUGUCUUGCAUAUUAGUAACAGAUUUGGCUAGGCCAACUUAUCAUGUGGCUUUACUAGACGUCGCCUGCUUCGAACAUAGCGAUUUCCUGUGUGCGGGGUAAUUGUGCGUUUUAAUUUAAACAUUCUGAAGAUUUUUCUAGAAUUAAGAACUUCAAAUGGACGUUUAUGAUGUCAAGCAAUUCCAGCUUUGAUCAAAA